UCAUCUGAGUGAUUGAUCACCUAUUUCACAAGUCACCUGUGUUGUUGAUCACCUAUUUCAUUAUAACAUCCCGGAUACUAGAGCAGCAGGAAGUGACGUCAUUAAGACCACCUCCAUGUGUUUGUCGUUUAGAAUUAAAACAACAUCACAUUACUAAUUGGCUAGAUCUGUGUAAAGACAGGCUGCCUGUGUGUAAGAUACCCUGCAGGUCAGGAAUCUACUUCCGUGUACUUCUAUUGGAUACGUGUGCUGUGUGCAAGAUGUCGAACAAUGGUCAAGGCUUAUGAUGACCAGCGUGUAAGGGUGUCAGCUGACAACAUGCUCCUCUAUGUGCUGGCCACUUGUUGUCUGCUCGCUUCUCUGACACACGCAGAAACCCACACCAGACGGAGACAGAUCUGGAAUACAGUCCCUAAUGAGACGACCACCAUCAACAUCCCCCAGCCCAGGUUCCGCGAAUCACCUGAACGGGUGACCUUCAAGGAAGGUCAGAUGGCCAAGCUGGAGUGCUUCGUGGAGGACAUGGGAACCAGGAAGGUGAUCUGGAGAAAGAUGACCGACCCCAACCCACUGACCAUCGGGAGAAACACCUUUGUGGUGGACGGGAGAAUCAACGUGGAGCACACGCCCAUGGAGGCCAACUGGCACCUCAUCAUCAAACAAGUCCGGCUGGACGACGCCGGGGAGUACGAAUGUCAGAUCAGCUCCGUGGAUCGAAACCUGCGGAAACCUGUGCACCUAACGGUCAAACUUGAUUUCGAUUCCACAGCAGGGGGAAGAAAAUCGAAACUUAAACCAGCAGUCAUCAAGAUCAGCGGGAAAACUUACGUAGAGAAAGGUCACAAGUUGAAGCUCAUCUGCAACGCCACGGGGGAGGGGGCGGAUGAAAUCGACUGGUUUAGAAAUGGCCAAAAACUGGCCACGGAUGACGACAAAAAGGUGACCAUACAGAAGCGCGUGAACCUGAUGGAGCGGAACAUCGAGAGCAUCCUAGAGGUGCAGGAGGCGGACAUGAACGAUGCUGGAAUCUACGUCUGCCGGACUUCUGACCUCCUCAUCGACUCCACCAGAAUAGAUGUCCUCAAUGGUACGCAUUUCUCCGACACAAGCAACAAGAAACGAGGAACAGAAAAGGACGCAUCCUCUGGCAAUGAUGGCAGUCCUAAAUCAAGACAGGAGAGUCUCAAUGAUUCUACAGGGAACUCUGCAGUCAGCCUACACUCGUAUCAACUUCCGGUCAUAUGCGUACUGUGUCUGCUGCACAUGUGUGUAUUCCAUAACUUCCGCUUGCCGACGUGAAGACACGUUUGGAGCCAACAGCUUAGGGCUAAGAGCUGUAGGAGAAACGAUUUUCAGAUAUUCAGCUCCGAGCUAAGAGCUGUAGCGGAAACGCUUUAAAAUGUUCAGUUUUUAAUUCAGUGGACAAGCCUUCCCAUCUUCCUAUCUUGACCUAUCGUGGAGUACAGAGCUAAAUCAAAGUGACCGAUGGUCAAAACUUUGUCGUUUGUUGUCUCCAACACGACUAGGUCAAAACCACAACUUUGAUUGGAUGAACCAAAAGAUGAACCAAUGAAAGGCUUGAUUGGGAAGGUCAAAGGCUAAAGGUUACUUGAGCUCGGGGAGUCAGCUGACCACACGGAACCAAGCCGAGGCAGAACGAGGCGUGUUCUGGGAAGUGAGCUUUGACCCGGAUGUUUACGUUUUAUUUCUCACAUGUAGUUCUCAAUGCCUUGUUUUCUGUAGCGUUAUUUUGUUAGAGCCACGCUAAGUUCUAGGAAACAGUUGACGUCAUCACUUAUAAAAACUCAUCCAGUUAAGGUAGUCCGACAAUCAACAGUAUACCUCAAUGACAUAUUUUUCUAUGUUAUAUGUUGAAUUUUUUUCAUUUCUCACACAUACCAACAAUCAUCUAGGAAACCACGCAUUAUGCGAUGUAUGUUUUUCACUGUAUACUUUAUUUUUAAUAACGCGUCUCAAAAAAAAUGUCUAUUUAUAGUAAAAACAAAUAUUUUUAUCAAAUCAUUUUUUUAAAUAUCUUAUUUAAUCACGUUUAAUUGAUUUAAUUAAAUAUACUUUAAAACCUCUAUUACGCAUUAGCUAAUUUGCAAAACGCCUCCACAUUUCUAUAUAUUUUUUCUCCUGAAAUUGAAAUGAAAAAAAAAGCAGGCCAACUUAACACUAGGAACACUAAGGUCAACAUUGGUUAAUGUAGCAGGGACCUUGUGAUAACAAAAUCACGUGAUCCCCGCUCGCCCCCACGUCGACAAAGGGUUAACCUUGUCUAACGGCGACGUCACCAGCCAACCCCGUCAUGUGACUGAUCGCAUGACUGAUGAGCAAAAGCACGGCUGGGUAUUAAUCACCACGAAGAUCAUUGUCGCAUUCUUAACUCCUGCUAGAGUGUAAUCUCUUGUCUAAUACAACAUUGACAGACGCGUGCAGACACAUUGACAGAUGCUGCAUCAGUCUCUGACACUAGCUAAUUCCAUCUCGCCCCUGCACGUGCCAGUAUAAACGAAACCUCUACAAUAAACACUGAGUUAUGAGCGCUGAGUACUCACGAACACCUUGAAAUACGAACAAUCCAAAAGUUGGAACAGGAACUUAGACAGGAAAACGAAAUAGAUUUCCGUUUUAUUAUCCAGAGAACAAAUAGCUUUGAGGAAUCUUUUGAACUUCGUUUCAAGACAAAUGAACAUUUGUCACUAAUAGCAAUCAGUAACCUAAAAUUAAACGCAUGACAACUGAAAGCAAGCAAUUUCAUAUGAAGAUUGUUUAGCUUAAAAAAAUUAGUUAAAUAAUCGCAUUAAUAUUACGGCAAAUUACAUAAAAUUAUAU